AGGAUGGUGAUAGGACAGUUGCGCUAUGAUACGCCCACAGCAGGGCGGAAGUGUUAUAUGGUUAUAUGUGGAGGAGCUGGGUUUCUGGGAAGAGUAGAGAAGGAGUACUCUGCACCCAUGAGGAUGAUUGAAAGUAUAGAUUCUGGAACCACUGCGUCCAGCCAGGAUAUGUGGGCUGAGAUUUGUCCUUGUGCUCCAGACAUCCAAGAAAUUAACCUGACUGAAACCUUUUCAGACUCAUUUCUGUGCCCAUCUUCUAAUGGAAUCAAUGAGGACCUUAGUGCAUGUCAUACUGAACAUGACACCCUUUGUUACUCCCAAAAACCUUGGGCUCCAUUGCAAGAUUCUGAAGUGUAUUUAGCAUCUUUAGAACGCAGAUUGCAGAAAAUUAAAGGUCGUUCUUGUGAAGUGACCUCCAAGGAUAUGUUACUUUCUUUAGGCCAAGCAAAGAAGGAAUGCUGGGACCGAUUUCUACAAGAGACCUUUGAGACUGAGGCUUACGUUGAGUCCAGCGAAGUUGACUCCAGCACGCUAGAACAUUUGAAGCGAUGGCUGCAGCCAGAGAAAGUUGCUAUAAGUGCAGAGGAAGUGCAGUGUCUAAUACCUGGAGAAUUUCCCCCAGUAAAUGCUGAGAAGGACCUGGACCCUGCCACGGCUGAACAUUGAGAGCUUCUGUACUAUUGAUAUCCACCUGCACAUCUCAAACCAGACUGUUGUAUCGGAGAUAAUUAACAUUUAAUUCACAAAUCCCCAAGGCACUCUUUUUCCCCCUUGGGAAUGACCUCUUGUCAGUCCUAGUAUUCUUUAUUAGGGACAAAAUAGCAGUUGCAGCAUCCAUCCAUUUCAUGUUUGUUUUGGGGAGGGAGAGGUCCUGUCUUACUACAGUCCAGCAAAUUCAAAAUGUCAUAUAUUAGAAUAAGAACAAAAAAACAACAACUUACUUCGGUUCUAUUAAUAUUACGUUUUUAACAAUGUGUAUAUUUAAAACACACUAAAGUAGCAGAGACAUGUUUAAUUAAAGUAUUUGAUUAAAAAAUAAAAAUCUGCACCUACCGCCAACUACACCAGUAUCCAAAGUGAGAACAUGUAUGUUCAGUGUGCUGUAAUUGUGUCAUUUUCUGUAAGAUUCUUUUUAUUUGCCUGCUUGGAAUAGCAGAUUUUAUUGGCAGGUAUAAAUAUGCAUGAACUAUACCCCUUUUACACCCCCAGCUUUGAACACGGGUAAUGCACAUGAGCGCGCAUAACCCAUGUUGCUGUACGGUGUAAAAGGGCCUAGUUGGAAUAAUCUGGGUUGAGCGACCCGGUAUUCCAACUCGGGUAGCAAGUAGGGUGUGCUGUGUAAACAAGAAGCCGGGUUAAUGCGACCCGUUUCCCAUUCACUCUGGGGACGGGCGUCGGUUGGAGAUCAUGUGAUCUCUAAGCGCCGUCACCGGUGACGUCACAGUAAUAUGCCGGGUUGGAAACGGCGGCGGUGAGGGGCCUGAGGCAGGUCGCAGCCGGUAAGCAUCCGUGUCAGGCUCCCGGGUGCGACCAUCCUCAGUAGGUAUAAAAGGGGCAAUAGUGGUGCUGAAUGUUGAAAGGGGAUUAAAACUUCAGGAUAUCCCAUUAAAAUAGCUCAUUUAAAUAAUGUCUUUGGCAUUAUAGCAGCAAGUACUGGAAAAGGGAAAGGACCAUUUAAUACUCAAUGUGUUCAUAAGUACAGAUGUGUCCACAUACAUCAUUGCUGCACUUGCGCCACACAGCCUCUCUCGGCGGGCCAGGUCCCCUGAGACUGCUAGCAUUGGGUUUCUUUCUGGGCUAACAAUGAUUCUUGUUCACAACAUGGGGGGUAAUUCCAAGUUGAUCGCAGCAGGAUUUUUGUUAGCAAUUUGGCAAAACCAUGUGCACUGCAGGGGAGGCAGAUAUAACAUGUGCAGAGAGAGUUAGAUUUGGGUGGGGUGAGUUCAAUCUGCAAUCUAAUUUGCAGUGUAAAAAUAAAUCAGCCAGUAUUUACCCUGCACAGAAACAAAAUAACCCACCCAAAUCUAACUCUCUGUGCACAUGUUAUAUCUGCCUCCCGUGCAGUGCACAUGGUUUUGCCCAAUUUCUAUCAAAAAUCCUGCUGCGAUCAACUUGGAAUUACCCCCAUGAUGUGGUUAGGAUGCACCAGGAGACUGUGCUGAUUAAUUUGAUAUGCGACACAUAUGUUUGUGCGACUGAGCUGCUGAAUCUAUGGGGGUAAUCGCUAGGCUGCGUUUUCUCACUGCCUGCGAUCAGGUCUGGACUGCGCAUGCAUAUUCACUGCAAUGCGCAGGCGCGACGGACUGCAGCAAGGUAUCCGUUCAGAUGGAGGACAAUGUUAAGGUCGACAGUCAGGGUGACCACUAUUGGUCGACAUGGACAAAUGGUUGACACAUGAAAAGUUCGACAUCGCUUUUUUUAAAAAAAAAAAAGAUUUGUAACUCUUUCAUACUUUACCAUACACGUGGACUACGAUUGGGAACGGUAACACCUGUGCCGAGCGCAGCGGUAGUGGAGCGAGGCACCUUGCCCGCAGCCAUGCGGGCACUAAUUGGGGUUCCUGGUCAUGUUACAGAAAAAAUUAUAUAAAAAAGCCAUGUCGACCUUUUCAUGUGUCGACCAUUUGUCCAUGUCGACCUAAUGACUGUCGAUCUUAACAUUGUCGACCAUUCAUACCAGAACCCCGCAGCAACGAGGGUCGGUGCAUAGCGACGGGAUGGUGUGAAAAAAGCGAUCGCACGGGAGAUCGCAAGGUGACUGACAUGAAGAGGGCGUUUGUGGGUGGCAAUUGACCGUUUUCAUAGUGUGUCUGGGAAAACGCAGACAUGUCCAAGCGUUGGAAGUGUCUGACGUCAAUUCCGGGUCUCGGACAGGCUGAAGUGAUCGCAGCGGCUGAGUAAGCCCUGGGCUGUGGAGAGACUGCACAAAAUCAGUUUGUGCAGCUCUGCUACACAUGCAUUUGCACACUUGCACAACUAAAGUACACUCCCCCUGUAGGCUGCGACUAUCUGAUCUUAGUGCUGCAAAAAUCGCUGGCCAGCGAUCAGGUCUGUAUUAGGCCUUAUAUACAAAUUGCUACAAUGUAGCAGCCACAGCUUUUUUCCAAUACGAGUUCCAUUGUGCUCCGUAUACAGACUCGGCCACAUACAAUAUACAAGUGUCGCUUAUCAAAUUAAUCGGCACAGUCUCCCGGUGCAUCCUAAUUGCAUUGCGUUGCCAUUAACAGAGAUCUUCAGCAAAAAAAAUACCCGAAGCAAGCAGAGUUGCCAGGAACCUUUGGCGGCUCACUCACGCCAGGCAUCUCACAUUGUGUGGCGUAUUGAGGCUUGAUGCAUGAGGACACGUGUUACAGUGCAUUUAGGUUUUUAUUCAGCAUUAUAAAAUAGACUUUGGACCAUACAUGUAAUUACAAUAAAGUAUUUUCUACUUUACUACUAUUAAUAUUAUCCUUUAUUUAUAUGGCGCCACACGGGAUCCGCAGCGCCCAUUACACAGUACAUAAUCAAAUGAGCAAACAAGAAAACAGCACUUACAGUUCAAGACAAUAUACAGUAGGACAGGUAUAGAAAACCCGGGGUUAGGUGCCAUCAAAGGGAGUAAGGAGUAUAAGAUAGUGUAAGUAAGAAAAGGAAAGGCACAUGAGGAAAGAAGUCCCUGCUCUUGUGAGCUUACAAUCUAAAAGGUGAGUUGCUAACAGCCCAGGGUGACACAGAAGGGGCAGACAGUGAGCAUAGACAAGAGGGUUAGGAGGAGGUUAUAUAUCUUUUCCCUUUGAGCCUACUCCCUUAGACUCCUGCACCCUGGAUCAAUCAGUCUACAAUGCUCUAAAUAUGAACUAAUACAAACGUGUAAGGUUUACUGAUUAAGAUCCCAGCCAUUACCCAACACCCACUAAUGGGCAAUAAAAGCUAAAACAGACAAAUAAUCAAAGGGGAUGCGGCUAUCCCAAAUUCCCCAAAUAUCUAACAAUUAAACAGGCUAAAUUCUGCUUCUAACAAUGGUGGUCAUUCCGAGUUGUUCGCUCGUUGCCAUUUUUCGCAACGCAGCGAUUAGGUGGAAAAUGCGCAUGCUGAUCGGUGAGUGAUUGACAGGAAAGGGACGUUUCUGGGAGGUAACUGAGCGUUUUCCGGGAGUGUGCUAAAAAACUCAGGCGUGCCAGGGAAAAACGCAGGAGUGGCUGGAGAAACGGGAGUGGCUGGUCAAACCAGGGACUAAACGGACUGAGGUGAUCGCAAUCUAGGAGUAGGUCUGGAGCUACUCAGAAAUUGCAUGAAAAUUUUUAGUAGCAGUUCUGCUACUCUUUUGUUCGCUAUUCUGCUAAGCUAAGAUACACUCCCAGAGGGCGGCGGCCUAGCGUUUGCAAUGCUGCUAAAAGCAGCUAGCGAGCGAACAACUCGGAAUGACCACCACUAACUCCAGAUUACCUAAGCAAAACAGACAGAGCAAUGCUAUAGUAUCCUAGUUCACUGUGCAGCUGGUGAGAGUUGUAGUCAUUGUUUUUGUAGCCAUGUAUAAAGUGUGUAAAUAAUGAUAUGUAUUAAAUAAUAUAUAAUGGUGUAUUGUU